AUCUUUCUUCUUCCAGUGUAAGAACCAGCCAAAAAGAACAGGCUUAUAGCUAGUCUAUGGAAUCAUCGAAGCAUAAAGAGUGAUGUUUCCAAACGUAACCUAACGUGGAAAUUCCCAACCUGAUGUGAUAAUAUUUGUGCACAUUUAUGAUAUUUUAUACAAUUGAUGAUAAUUGAUAUUGUUUACAUUGUUUUUUGUAUGCUUUGUUCUCAGGAGUUUGUAGUUUUUAAGAAAAAUCUUUAAAGGAACUUUUUAAGAAGAAAAUUUUGAAGAAUGAGAGAUAUAUAAACAAUUAUAGAGAAUUUUAAGGAUUACAAGAUUAUACAGAUAUAUAUGGUGCAAAAAGACGGAAUAUGAUAUUCCUCAAGGAAUUUAGAAGAUGUACUACCAACGAACAAUGUCCAAAUUGUGGACAACUUGUAAAUACAACUUUUUCAAGAAUUGUAAAAGAUAGUUGUGGUCAUACCAAAUGUCGAAUGUGCUUAUUAUAUGAGGAACAUGGUUGUAAAAUUUGUCAAACUACACAUUGCACAAGAAAAAAUAUUCAGGAUUAUUUAACAGAACCGUGUAUCACAAAUGAGAAUUUAAAUGAUAUACAUAAUCCAGUGAAUGAUUCAUCUGCCAAUGAAGAGAUUAUAUUACCAUUAGAAUUGGUCAUCAAUAAGGAUUCCAAGUCCAAGGAAAAUUGUUCAGAUUCAAACCUUAUCAAACAUGGAUCAUCAAAACUUUAUGAAAAGAGUGCUUUUGAUAAUGAUGAAGAAAUCUGUGAAUCUAUAAUGAAUGAUGCAGUCACUAAUAAUGAUUCCAGCAAACUGUGCAUUCCAAAAAUAGAACCCUAUAAUGUAAUAUUGAAUAUUCAAACUCAUUUAAGAAAUGAGAAUUGUGACUCGAAAAAUCUGCAGAAUCCACAUGAUAGUCAAACAAAAGUAAAAAUUAGUGAAAAGCCUGUGGAAAAUAGCAAAAAUGUCAAAUGUCAUAAUCGUACUCAUAUAACAAUAAUACCAGGUAUCCCAGAAAAAUACAAAUGUAAUGUAUGCAGUAAAAUAUUUCGCAAUAAGAAAGGCAAAUGUUACCAUGAUGCCUGUGUAACAGGUAUCAAGCCUUAUCAGUGUACCCUUUGCGAUAAGAGUUUUGUCAAACGUUCUCAUUUCGAAUACCACGAGAGAAUUCAUAGAGGGUAUAAACCAUAUAAAUGUAACCUUUGCGAAAAGGCUUUCCCUCAGCAAAAUAAACUCAACAGACAUAUGCUUUCUCAUAGCAAGGAAAAACAAUUUACAUGUCCCGAAUGCAAUAAACGGUAUAGCAAACAAGAUGAUUUAAAGAAUCACUUAAACAUACAUAAUGUAACUUCUAUAUAUAACUGCAAAUCUUGUGAUAAAUCUUUCUACAUAUUAGCUCAUCUGAAGCGUCAUAUGCAAACACAUACAAACGAACGGCCACACAAGUGCGAUCAAUGUAACAAAAAUUUCAAAGACAGGUCUUUGCUAAUACGUCACAAACGGAUUCAUGGAAAAGAAAGACCAUUUUCUUGUGCUCAUUGUAAUAAAGUUUUUCUAUCAAAAAGUGAAUUAAGACGGCACUUAACUGUGCAUUCAGAUGAAAAACCAUUUUCUUGUAAAUAUUGUCAGACGCUAUUUAGACGUAAAGAUAAUCUAAAUCGGCACAUUAGGCAUCAUCAUACUGAGGAUUUUAAUCGUGAAAUACACAAAAUACCAGUUGUCAAAACAGAUCGAGCUUGUUCAAUAAAGAAUAGUCAACGACAAAAACAAAAAUCAAAAAAGGCACAAUCGAAAAGUACGGCUAAAGUUACCUCAACAUUUGCAAACUUUCCUGAUCAGAUUAAUUCACGGCUUGAUUCUAUGGGCAAUAUCACGCCUGUCAUAAGGGCUACUAGUGAAGUAAGUAAUGCAGUACCGGUGAUUAAUGGACCCAUCAAUAUCAGGCGGCUAGAGGACAGAACAGAUAAGAAGAUAUUUACAUACACAGAACCGAUUCCGAUUGCUGAGGCAGUGGUACUUAACUGUCGAAUCGAGGAGAAAUUAUAUCCGCAAAGUGCCAAUAGUCACAAUUAUUUUGUACGUAGUUAUCUUAAGGAUAGAAAUUCUAAAGUGAAUUCGUAUCCUAACAAUAAACUUGCAUCGCAAGAAAAUCAUAAUUUUGUAAUGGAUAUAUCUCCAAUUGAUCCACUUUCAAGAAUGACAAUAAAUCAGAAGGAUUGUACAUCUGACAUUCACAAAGAGAAAAUUAUAAGAUAUGAAGAUGAAAAAGACAAUCAGAAUGAAGACGAGAAGAAGAAAAACGAUGAAAGAAAUCUUGAUAAAAAAAGAAAUUUUAAAGAUCAUAAGGAGGAUCCAGGCAUUAUUUCUUUUGGAGAAUCUAAUUGCGUUUCUACGAUCAAGAAACAUAUUACGCAGAUGGAAGAACAUGUGAAUAAAAACUUAGCAAAUAAUGACAAUUUGGAUAUAAUACAUCGUCAAAGGAUUCUCAGAAUAAAUGCAGAAAAAAACAAAAUGAUAUACACUGGAGACGCCGAAUUGCAGAGACACUGAAAUCAUGCUGAUUUCGCGCAAAUUGCUUCGUAUGCAAUAUUUAGAUUUGAAAUAAACUCUUUCUUGGUAACAUG